CAGAUUCCAGUGUCAUAUGAUCAGGAUCGGGCGCGAUUUACCCGGUUCGGACGAUUAGGGCGUACGCGGCGGGAAACGGGGGGCGAGAGUCCGGGACAGCAUCUGCGUGUAUAUGGUCAAUUAUUCAGAUCUCUAAUGCGUGCGCUGCCACGAGGAUAGUGGACAGAGGACGCAACGAGUCCAAGCAAGUCCAUUUUAUCUCGAGAGUCAUCGAGACAUGGCACACGUUGAAGACUUGAUGCAUUGCGCACAGACCACCUGGAUGACGAAAAAGCUGACUUGACACCCCUCACACACGAUCUCAUGCUUUCCUUCCAUACUACCUAAUAACAUCUUCGAAUCUAUUCCCUUGAGCAGAUUGAUCAGUUUUUCAUUCACAGACAGCUUAUCUCGUCAUGGCGCCUCGUCAAUCAAAUGCGUCUUCGUCGUCGGUAGCCGACAGAUCUGCGGCGCCGCCCAGAGAGAUCAAGGCAGUACCCUCACCCAAAUCCACCAAGGCGAAAGCUCUACCUAUCCCCGCGGACUUUACCACUUUCAAGGCUGAAGCUGGAAGAAACCUGACGAUUGCCAUCGGUGAUAUGGAUGGAGAACAUAGUAUGACCUUGGCUGCUGUGCCCAGGGAGUUUGAGUCAACAUCAUUCGGAUGGUAUGUACAAAAGGUCGGUCAACUUCCUCUUGUCAAUGCGGAAGGGGCCAAGAAGAUUAGAGCCAGGGUCACCAUCACCAUCGUCGUCGAAGGAUCCAAGCCCAAGGCUGCGGUCCCAGCCAAGAAGCCGAAUGACCAUGUGAAAAACUCGGAGAACGGAACCACUACAGGCAACACGGCUACAUCCGAGGACACCAAGAAGGCCGAAACCCCCAAGUCAUCUAGCUCAAAGAAGCGGAAAGUCGCGUCAGAUGAGGAGGCGGAUGACUACAAGGAGGAGGCGGAGGAGGAGGAGAAGAACGACGACGAAGACGAAGAUGACCCAGGCGAGGGCGAGGAUGACGCCAAAGUCAAAGAAAAGGAUAGCAGCUCAGAGGCUGGAGACGGGAGUGAGGAUAGCCAGGAUUGAGAAGCACAGCGGUAGAUUGGAACGACUGCCCUCAUGCCCUCUCAGCCAUGGAGCAGGACUGGACGAAACCUCUAUGUAGCUACGACACCUCAUAACCCUUCAGGUAAGUAACCCCCUAGAAGGAAGUGCCACAUUCGGGAGCAAAAGCUACCCGAUCCCUGAUAAUAAAUGUCUAUUUUCGGCAACUUCCGCUCAGCCGGUACAAAGCUGAGCGCCACGUACCUGAGAAGGGAAGAAGAGGGCGGGGCACGGCAACUGAAAUGAAACCCGGGCCGAGACCAUAUGAAUAAAGAGCCCACAUCCAAACUUUGUCUUCUCUUUCUUUCUCUUUCAGCA